AAAAUGGCAGCAUAUCUGAUCUUGGCAUGGAUCUUACAUUUGCAGAGGAAGAGUUUGAUGGUAGUUCAAUGAAUCCCAGGUUGGUACCAUUAGUUUCUGGUGGUGCUAAACUUCCUGUUACUGAAUCAAACAAAAUUCAUUACCUCAAUAAAUUGGCAGAAUACAGGCUGAGAGAUCGUGUUUUAAAAGAAAUAAAUGAGUUCAUGAAAGGACUAAACCUUUUGGUACCAACUGAAUUAUUUAGCAUUUUUGAUGAGAAUGAGCUUGAGCUCUUAAUGUGUGGGCUUCAAGAAUUGAGUGUACAAGAUCUUCGCUUGAACACUGUUACCAGUGUCAGUGGACAGACUAUUGAGUGGUUCUGGACAUCAGUAGAUCAGUUAUCUCAGGAAGAAUUUGCCAGACUUGUACAGUUUGUAACUGGGAGUUCUCAAGUUCCUGUUGGAGGGUUUGCUGAGCUGCAAUCAAAAUUUACGAUUUUACUUAGUGGAGAGACAGGAAAUCGAUUACCUUAUGCUCAUACAUGUUUCAAUCAGCUCUGUCUUCCUGUGUGUGAAAGUUAUGAGCAGUUCAAUAAUGUUCUGAUGACUGCCAUUAGAGAAGGAGCUGAGGGUCUUUUGAUAGCAUAA